AUGUUUACGAGGGCAAUAUUGCGGCAAUCGGCGAUUAGACCACGAAUUGCAGUGCUUUUGUUUACACGGAAUCUCCAAGUAUCUUUACCUCGCCGCAUUGUGAAUCCACUUCUACCUUUUGACGUGUUGGAGGAGCUUGAGAAUGACGAGGUGGAUGAAGAGAACAAGAAGUUGCUGAAGGAUAAAAAGAAGCUUUUGCGACAAAAAAAGGCCAUGACGAAGAAAUUGAAAGAGGAGCGUGGUGAAUCAAGCUCUAAAGAUGGAGAAAAGACCAAGGAGGGAAACUCAAAUCAUCGUGACGACAACUCGAAGAAAGAACAGUCCAAGGAUUCGCAAAAUGCAUCAACAGACAAAGAGGAGCCUAUUCCAAAAAGCAAAGCAGUCACUACGGAGGUUAAGCCUGUGUCUGUCGUCAAGGAUGCUUCAUCAGAAUCUAAUCAAGAUCCCUCUCAUUCAAGUACAUCAAAAGACGAAGCCAAGGAAGCUACUAGUGAGGGAACUCAGAACCAUGACGCGCGCAAAGAGGAUACUCGACUGGCGAACAGUAAGGACUCUGAGGCUGAAGCUUCCAAAAAUAGAGAAUCAGGUGAACAUGAGGAAGUUCAACUGAGUUCAAGUGGUGGAGGUGAUGUGGGGGAUGGGAAUGGAGGUGGAGGAAGCGGGGGAGGAGGAAAUGGACCUCCUGAGAAAAAUGACAAAGACAAGGAGGAGAAAGAAAAGGAUGAAGACAAGAAAAUCGAGGAGGAAAUUGAGGAAGAAGAGGAGUACGAAGAAGAGCCAGAAGAGAAACCUUCGAAGCUCAAGGAAAUCUUCGACCGCUUCGCUAAAUUUCUCUUCAAAUGCUUGGAAACAAUUGGUAUCACCUUGAGUUCCGUUGGAGUAUUGGGUCUUUCAGGACUUUUGUACCACCGUUUUUACAACAUCCAUGUUUUGGAUAAAAUGGAUACUGCUUUCCAAAAGGGCGAUCCGGCUUACCAACUCGCCAUGCAUAAGAAAACCAACAAGCGCAGUGAUGAUGAAGACGAGUUGCUAGUACCAAAGGACAGCGAAGAUUUGACCCAUUUCUGGGUGACGCGGCCACAACAACAAUUAUUAGAUGAUAUUGUCAACGGAAAACUAAAGGGCCGCUAUUACUUGCUUGUUGGAGAAAAAGGUACUGGGAAAACCACAUUAAUCAUGGAAGCCAUGAAGAAAAUUGAUGGACAUAACGUGGCAAUUUUUGACGCCCACGCCGACCCAGAAAUCUUCCGUAUUCGUCUUGGUCGGGCAUUGAAUUUUGCCUAUAACGAAGACUAUAUUGGCUCGUUGUUCAGCAUCCGUGGACCUAGAGACACCACGGCGUUACUAGACAUUGAAAGAGCAUUCAACAAACUUGAGCAGUUGGCCAUUCUGCGUCGUAUGAGCGGCAAGGACGAUAAGCCACUCAUUCUAAUCAUUAACAAUGCCCACUUGAUCAAAGAAAAUGAAGAGGGCGUGCAACUUUUGGAGUUACUACAACAAAAAGCAGAAAGUUUGAGUGGUAGCGAGCUUGUGACCAUGUUGUUCAAUAGUGACGACUAUUGGAUUUAUGAAAAGUUGAAACGAUUGGGUACCCGGUUGGAAUUAAUUCAUGUUCGAGACUUCAACAGAAAGGAAACUAUCAAUGUGCUCCAGUUUAUUCGUCGGAAAUUCUACCCACCCAAUAAAUUCCCCGAGCUUCAAUUUGACAAUGGCAUGUGCAAUGAAAUUUACGACUUGAUUGGCGGGAGACCACAACAUAUCAGUCAAGUCGCCCGUCACACGAAUACGCUCAAAGCAUGUCAUGAGAUUAUUGACCGUGAGAAAACCUGGUUCUUGAAUCAGUGUGGAUUAUUAGGAGAGGAAAUGGACGACGACGUUAUGGAAUUUGGAAAAUUCUCAUCAAGUGCCAUGUUGCUCAUGCGGGAGUUUGUUGAAAUGGACAGAAAACGCAUGAACACGCUAAUCUCCAAAGUACUGCCAGAUGCCAAGGACUCGCAGAAAGACCAUCAUCUACCCGAACUUCCACUUUGGAGAGCCCGACAGGUCAUGACUCGACCUGACUACAUCCAGCAGUACGACAAUUUGAACAUUUUCACAGUGGAUUCAGACUCGCGAGUGAGAGCAGAUUCUGUGCCUAUGAUGAGGGCAUUCCAUGAGAUUGCAUCGCAGCCGCAUUUUGAUUUGUUACUAGAUGAAACUGUUGAGAGGGUUGCGGGUAUUGAGUCUUUAGGCAGAACCCGAGAAAUUGUCAUGAAAGAUUUAACAUUGGGCGAUACUUACGAAGUGAUUCCUAAGGAAGGGAAAUUUAUCAUGGAAAUGGCUAAGAAAGCUACCGACGAAGAUGAUAACGACCAGCAACUUUUGAUGGAAGAAAUCAGUAAGUCCGAUCACCGUAAGAAGUGGUGGGAGAGGCGCAUGGGUCGGUUCGAUCAGUCUUAUUUGCCCAAAACUGACGAGAUCGAUCUGAGACCGUAG